ACUGCCGAAGGAUUCCCAAUAUGGCGGCCGGGGGAGCCGCUGGCGUCGCUCGCCUCAGGGUGUAAGCGGCGGCCGCGCAGGCCGAGGCCUCCUCGCUUUGCCCUUCCUCGCCCUCGGCCUCCUCCUCCUCCUCGCCGCCCGCCCGCGACAGAGAGACCCCUCGCCCGCCUCGGACGCGCCCGCUCCCCUUGCUCGUCCCGCCGCCCGGCCGCCAUGAGGGAAAAGGGCCGCAAGAAGAAGGGCCGGACCUGGGCAGAGGCCGCCCGGACGGUCCUAGAAAAAAAUCCCAACACUCCCAUGAGCCAUAAAGAAAUCCUUCAAGUUAUCCAGAAAGAAGGAUUGAAAGAGAUCAGGUGAGUGUUGAUUGAGUCACAUGGUUACAACUGCUUUGGGAGGUUUUAAGCACCAUCAUUGACCUGCUACGCUUUCCAGUUGUAUUGUGAGCGGAGUGCCAUUCAGCUAACACAGUUCCCUUUUGGGGUCAUAUUAAGUGUUUCACAUCUCCACCUCCCAAAUAAGUGCACAUUCAAGCAUGAUGCUUCCACUUCUCCUCUCAGGGUGUUGAGGACAAUCCACAGUUCAGCCUGCCAUUAGGCAUGCAGCUUUAUCCUGCUUAGCAUUUUCUGUACAUUUCAUUUUGUGUGUGGACACUCACACAUGCCAGUUAAACCCAUCAGACACAACGCACUACAAAACCACACACACACAGGAAUGCAGUUGAAAGAAAGAGGAUAAGUCUCAUCUGUUUAAUGGAAACACCACUGUUUUAAAUUAUAACAAGCUGUAAAUUAUGACAAAGCAAUUACAGUGGAUUACGCAUGCGGCAAACCUGGAAGUAUUUUUCCGGGUUUCACCACAUGCGCAGAAGUGUUCUGUCAUGCGCAGAAGCGGCAACUCCAGUUGCGAAUUCCUCGGGAUCCGACCAGCGCUCCGGAACAGAUCCUGUGCGCAACCAGAGGUGCCACUGUAUGGUUCCUAUUGUACCUUGUCUUGCAAAAUUCUGUAAAAGGUUACAGCUGCACUAUAAAUUUCACUUCCUGCUGUGUCUCAAUCUAAAAACACAUAAUUAAGUUAACUACACUGUCUGCCAAACAUUAUUUAUCCUCUCUCUCUAUGUUGGGCCACCUGAAAUAUAUUUAUUUCUUAGCAGUAGUAAUUUUAGCAGCUAUUGGUAGGGUUGGGAUUAUUAUCCAACGAGUUCUCUAUGUAUUCACAUUAUUAAUUUCUAAAAGCAUUGGUUUUUGUUUCAUUGGUAAUGCCUAUCCAGCCAUCUUCUGUAGGUCUCUUCUAGGUCAAAUCUAAUUUGUAUACAAGGACAGGAACAAUAAAUGUGUCAGUGACCUGCUGCAGCUAACCCACAUUUCCAACAAGCUGUAUCUGUAGUAGAUUUAUCUCAGGUUCACACACAUAACCUCACUUGCACCUUCUAUGAGAGAUGUUUCAUAUUUUGUAAUAGCUGUAAUUACCCCAGCUUGACGAUAUUGUACAAGAUCUGGGCAAGUCAUUCUGUCAAAAUAGGUUGGCCUAGCUAAUUACACUCUGGUUUUGUUCUUCUGGCUUCUGGUUUCUGUUCUUUCUGGCUUGGAAAUGAUGGAAAAUGUUGCUUUGCUAAAUAUUUAAAGAAUUCUCUCUCUUUCUUCUUUUCUCUCCCCCUCCCCCCACUCUUUUUGGAUUUCAAUCAAUUCCAGAAGGUAAGAACUACUGUUGAUGUACAAAUGCCAUUGAAUGCAGCUAGCGAACAUCACUGUUGAUUAACUUUAAGCAGCAAGCUUGUUUUGCCCUGAGGCUUAGAAGCGGUGUGUGUGUGUGUGUGUGUGUGUGUGUGUGUGUGUGUGAAUGAAUACUAUUUAGGUUAAAGGGUUGUUUUCCUGCCUGCCUGGAGCUGGAGCUUGUGGGGCGCAGCGGCAGCUGAAUGGUGUGGGAAGGGCUGGUGCGCUCCUGAUUAGCACAAGGAACUGCCUUUUGUCCUCCUUGACCUGAGCAGCCCUCUUGGCUUGGGCUGUGGCUUUGCUGAGCAAAAGGAGCUUAGUGCAGCUCUUCAGUCUGGAUGAUUUCAUCUCUGAUUAACAUGCCAAGCUUCUCUGAGCCAUCUUGUGGCUCACGCCAGAAACUCCUGAAUGCUGCAUUGGACCACAGGCAUGCCUGCAUGGGAACCACCAGCUGGGCUGCACUAGUGCCAAACGCAAGAUGCAUCUGUGGCGGAGAGCAAGUGCCUUACACCCCUGGGCUCUCUCCACUGCGGUGGGGCCAGCUACGUAAACUACGGCAAGGCCCAUGCAGGUGGAAGCCCCUUUGGACACACUCGCAGGACUGGAGGCAUCUCUGGAGUGCAUCUUCAGUCCCCCAAAUAAGCAACGUUGCGAACUUGCCUGGCAUGUGAUUGCCAAAAGGUUUAUGCACAGGGUUGUGUUCUUUGGUUUCGGGUGCAAGGAUUGGAAAGGACACAAGCUAAGCUGCCAAAAUGAGUCGACCAAAGCAAAUCUUUCACCGAUAUUGUGGCCUAAUGUAAACCAACCCAACUGUAUUGUGGGGGUCGAAUUAUUCUUAAACCUACAACACUCUAGCCAGUGUUUUUGUUGUUUGAUUAAGUGCCUGCUCAACCUUUAGCAGAUCCUAAACAAUAAAAUGUUGCCGUUGCGUUUGUGUCUCCAAUGGACUUCUGUCCAAUGAAGGCUUAAAGCAUUGCGUAGAAUCAGAUCUCCUUUAAUUGUGGAUGCUUGUAUUAGUUGCCUGUUAUCUGUUUACUAAAAACGAUAAGAAAGAAAGAGCCAGUAUUUUAAAACCAUAUAAAGAAACGCAUAAAAACAGCAGCAGAAAGAAGCUGAUUUAUUUUAAUGGAGAUUUGAUAAACUGCAUUAGAAUCCGCUUGCAGUCGUCUAAAAGUGAACCUUGGAGCCUUUCUUCUCCGACUGAUUGUGGACAUAAAGCAGCUGAUCCAGAAGCCCUGUACCUCGGUCCCAGCCCAGCACACUUAUCCUUGGCUCCUGCUUGUGGGCUUCUUCCCUUUGGGGCAUCCAGUGGGCCACUGAGAACAGGAUGCUGAACUCGAUGGGCUCCUACUGGCCUGACCCCAGCAGAUUCCUCUUACGUUCUUAGGACUGGAAGGGAAACGAUGGAGAAAGGAAAUUCCGCCCCGUGCUCUGGGGACGCUAUUCUCCCUCCUGACCUCAAGAAGAAAUGGGCAGGACAGGAAUGCAUUGCGUGUGAGCCCUCCAGGCAGUAUAAGCUGCAAUAGACUCCCUUUGGGGGUCCUCUUCGUUCAGCUGUUGGUUGUCUCCCAAGCUCCCCUCGAGUACCACUGCCUUGUGAGCUCCGUGCUAGUCAGCCUGGCCUGGCUCGGCUCCUGGAGAGACUGGCUUCCGUUUGAAGUCAUUAGCAGCUGAGCAAGGCCUCUGACAGGGCUGGGCAAAUAUGAAGUCUGGCAGCAUUCUUCUUGUGUGUGCCAGGGGGGGACUAACCCUGCACUUCUCUUUUCAGUGGUACUUCUCCUCUUGCAUGCCUGAAUGCUAUGCUGCAUACAAACUCCCGCGGGGAUGAGGGCAUUUUCUACAAGGUCCCAGGGAGAAUGGGCGUUUACACCCUGAAGAAGGAUGUUCCAGAUGGGCUGAAGGAACUCUCCGAAGGCUCGGAAGAGAGCAGUGACGUGCAGUCAGACUCCCCCAGCUCAGAGAACAACAGCAGCAGCGGCAGCAGCAGCGACAGGAGCAGCAACAAAGGAGGAAGGAAAAGCCGGUGGCGAAGGAAAGGUAGCUAUUCCUGAAGAAACUCACUGGGUGCCAUCUGAAUAUCAUCCUGAAUAGAGAGAGCUUUUGUCCCUGUCCCUCACAGUCGGGAAAUGGCCAAGCUCUCCCUUGCUUUGAAUGUAUCUUUCUGGAGGUGGGUAGACGCUAGAGUUCACCUUUGGGAUAGGAAUUCCAACAACCCCCCCUCCCCUCAGUUGAAUGUAGCUUUGGGGCGCUUGGGGAAGUGGAAAAGGUUGUUUGCUGUUUGUUUGGAAUUCAGAAUUGCCUGCAAGGCUUCUGAUUCAGGGGGCACUUCGGAUUUCUGGAUGUGCACGGACCCUUAGGCAGGGCAGUGGAACUUUCAAUCCCAGCGCAACCCAUUGAUGGCGUAAUAAUAAUAAUAAUAAUAAUUUAUUAUUUAUACCCCGCCCAUCUAGCUGGGUUUCCCAAGCCACUCUGGGCGGAAAUAUUAAAAUACAAUAGUCUAUUAAACAUUAAAAGCUUCCCUAAACAGGGCUGCCUUCAGAUGUCUUCUAAAAGUCUGGUAGUUGUUUUUCUCUUUAACAUCUGGUGGAGUUGUUUUUCUCUUUGACAUCUGGUGGGAGGGUGUUCCGCAGGGCGGGCGCCACCACCGAGAAGGCCCUCUGCCUGGUUCCCUGCAACUUGGCUUUUCACAGCGAGGGAACCGCCACCUUGUUGCCCACCUUCAGUGAAUAAAUGGGGGCUGGGGAGACCUGCUAUGUCCCUGGAGUGCCACAGUCCAUGGGCCGGCUGGGUUGCCCUCAUUGUAGUGCGACUCCUGCUAGAAAUCCUGGACACGGAAAGAGCAGGCUGCAAGGUGAAAGGCUUUGGUGGGGCAGUGGGGUGAUGUUCAGUUUACUGGACAAGGAGUUGGAGGAGCCAGUGACCACCACGACGAGUGACUGCAUUGUUGUUCUUCAUGAGAAACAUUUGCAAAACGCUCUUGCUAGUGAAGAGCACCACUUAGCAGUGGAGUAAAUGAUUUGUGAGCAGCGAAUCAUAUAGCGCUAUCUGCAUGUGUUCAGCACUCUGAUUCAGCCAGGAAAGUUCGCUCAGUGACUUAGGGCAAGUACCCAUCUCUUGCUCUCUGGUGUAGGAGACGGGACUUCUCACACUUGGUAGACCUCCCCAGGUCAGAAAAACAGCGUUGUAAGACCUCCCCAUGUAGGAGAGGCAGCAAAAGGCUGCAGCAGAAGCUCCGUCGCAGCAAGGGGGGAGGCAUGCAACAAGUUGCCAAAUGAGAAUUGGCUGGUACUUGCUGCUUUGAUGAGGGGCAGUUCAGAGUUGUACUAGAUGUGUUAUCAGGGGGAAAGUUGAAUAGUGCACACUUCUAGGAGAUGUGGAGAGUCUUCCAUGCUGAACUGUGAAUCAUUUCUGUAAAAUCUGAUGUGGCUAAUCCCUGUUGGGAAUGUAACAUGAGCAAACUGAGACGUGAAAAGCUUGGGAGAGCCAGAUUGCAGCUGAGUCAUCAUCCCUCUUGGAUUUUGAAAUUCUGUUGAGAUUAGAUUCUUAUCAAGUCCGUCAUCCUCAUGGUUAACUGGUGACUGUCUGUCUGAGUUUGCUAGAAAAGAUAGGAGCUUGUGAAGGUCAAGUAUCGUCUGGGAUCACAAGAAUGAAUCUGUGCUGAGCUGGUGUAUCGAUAGCAGUUGAGGCCUUGAAAUGUGAGGCAGCAAGUCUCUGGCCCAGGCUUUGUUCAAGCAAUGGCAGGGGCUUCGGCAAGCCAAUAAUGGGCUAAAUAAUGAGAUAAAUUUAAUAAUCUCCCCUCAAUAAUGUAAUACAGAGAUUACGGCACUGGUCUACCUUGCAGAGUUGUUGUAAAGAUGACUGAGACCGUGCAUGAAGAACAUGGAUCACUUUUUGGAGAAACUGUGCUUUGCAACUCCAAGGCAAUCCGUGACCACGUGCUGCUGCGGUAAAAAAUAAAAAUGCAGCCCUGACUUCCUGUAGCCAAAAGCAGCAGUUGGAAGAGGUUAGGUACCUGCAGCUCUUGGAGGUGUCUGUUUCUACCUCGUUGUAAUGCAUGGUGACGAUCCAGAGGAGGUCGACUGCAAAGGUGCCUGCUCAGGGCCGUGAGAACUGGCCUAACCCUGUUCCAUGGGCUCUGUGUUUUCAGCAAUGCUGCUUUUCGUCCAUAUGAAACGGCUCGUCAAGAUGGCCCAGUGCCCUUUUGCUCACUAAGCCUCUGGGAGCAGCCAGCUUGCUUGCAAACCAGUAUCUGAAGCCAGUGGGUAAGCAAAAGGAAGCUGAAUCCUGGCAAGGCAGAGGCAGCGCUGAUCUGUUUGUGCUUUGGAGAGCAGAUGAUUGCUCCAUCUUGGCAAUUGCGGAACCCGGGGCUGCUUCUGGGUGAACAGAAAGCAGUUGUGAUCAGGGCCCCCUCUUCCCAGCUGAGGUCAUACUGUCCUCAUUCUCUUCCUCUUAUUGCUGAGAGAGCUUCCCCUGCUUAUCCUAUCCCCACUUCCAUAGGCUUCAGGAUGCACUGCUAUCUUAAGCUUGCUGUGAGGUUGGUGUUGAAGACAGCUUUCAAGCUAUCCUGGUGCAAUGGCAUCCCAGGAGGUGAGAGCUUGUUUAGCCAGCUCUGCAGCUGCUGCUUGGGCUGGAUCCCAGGAGCUUCUUUCUCCAAAUCAGGCACCUUGUUAAUACUCAGGAUCAUAGCUGCCAAGUUAUCCCUUUUUUACAGGGAUUUUCCCUUAUGCUGAAUAGGCUUCCUCGUGAGAAAAGUGAAAACUUGGCAGCUAUGCUCAGGAUGCCAGGAUACCUCAGAGGUGGCCUCCCUUGUAGAAGCCAUUUCUGCUCUUCUGCACGGCAGAAGCGUUAACUUUCAGGAGCAAGGCUUCUGCUGCCCCAAUUCCCCCAGGCACUGGAGGGGCCUCCCUGGGGAGGAGUUUUCCUUUGCAGAAGUGCUGCAAAAUCCUCUUAACUCUGGGUGGCCUCUUGGUGGAAGGCCUCUCCUAAUUUUGUAUGUUCUCCGUUGGGUUUUUAAUCUGUUUGUGAUGCUUAAUCCGAGUUGCAAAUCAUUUUUGUAUUUGGCACUUUUUCAACGAAAGGCGAGGGAGAGGCAAUUGAUAGAAGUUUAUGAAACUACGCCUGGCAUGAAGAAAGCGGGUAGAGAGUGUUCCUCCCUCUCUCAUGAGACUCGAACUCGGACCAGUGAUGCUGAAUGCUGGGAAGUUGAGGACAAAUAAAGCAAACCUUCACACCGUGCAUAGUAAAGCCGUGGAACUCUUUCCCACAGGAGGCAGCGAUGGCCACCAACUUGGAUGCCUUUAAAAGAGGAUUGGACCAACUCAUGGAGGUGGCGAGGGCUAUCGGUGGCUACUAGCCAGGACGGCUCUGCUCUGCCUCCACAGUGAACAGAGGCUGAAUAGUUCUGAACACCAGUUGCUCGAAACCCCAGGAGGGGAGUUGGCUCUUGUACUCAAUUCCCGCCUGCAUGUUUCCCUUUGGGGGUUCUGGUUGGCCACUGUGAGAACAGGAUGCUGGACUACCUGUGCUGGUGGUCUGAUCCUGCAAACUCUUCUUCUGUUUUUAUAUGUUUCUGGUGUUCCAAAAGCUGUGCCAUCCCUUUGCACAGGCAGCAACUGGGCAGGAGAAAGGCUUCCCUGUUCCUUCCUAGCAGAGAGGCAGCAGGGGAUGGGGGUGGGCACCCUGCACGGAGAGAGAGCCUCUGGGGUCACAGCUUGGGCUUUCCCAACUGUCAGGCAAAUGGUCCACCGAAUGAUCACAUUGGUUGCUAGUUAAUCUCUGUCUUGAAUUUUAGCUACUUGGUUUUUUUAUUUAAAAAAACAUAGAAUCGUAGAGUUGGAAGAGACCACAAGGGCCAUCCAUUCCUGCCAAGCAGGAAACGCCAUCAAAGCAUUCUUGACAUAUGCCUGUCAAGCCUCUGCUUAAAGACCUCCAAAGAAGGAGACUCCACCACACUCCUUGGGAGCAAAUUCCACUGCCGAACAGCUCUUACUGUCAGGAAGUUCUUCCUAAUGUUUACUUGUAUCCUGCUCUUCAUCUUAUGACCUUUUAAAGGACCUAGAUCAGUGGGUUUGUGUGCUAACCUCCAGCAGCACAAUCUAAGCAUACUGGUUAGCACAAAGUUAGGAAAUGGGUCGCAGAGAAAAGGAGGAAGAUUGAUGUCCCUGGUAAGUAAUUGUGUCCAACUUCAUAUUAAAAAACACACAUAUUAAAAAACACACGCACUGGGUGCUCAUCAAGCAAUAUACAAAGGGUAUGUUAUACAGUCAUACCAGUCCUUAGUUUGGUGUUUAUAUCUUGGUGAGAUCCUUGGUAGAGGCUUUAGCACCAUUAACUGGGCAGUUUCCCCACCUGUGAAGCUCCAGUCUUCCUGCUUAGUGGUCCUCCGGUCUUCCUCCUUUCCUCCUUUACACGCCAGGCAAACUCUUGAGUCCAGGGUUCGGUGUUUCCCUGCAAAAACAGACGGGAUCCCAGGUUCCUGGAGCAAAGGAGGAAACAGCAGCUUCUCUUCUUUGUUAUUUGUAGGUAUUUGGUGCCGUCAGCCGAUGCUGAGGAAACACAGGCUUCUGAAUUUGGGCCUUGCCAGGUGAGUAAAGGAGGAACUGGCACUUUCAGUGGAAAGGGAGGCUGCGUUCGGAACACUUGCAGUGCUGCUGCUGCUGCUGUGUUUUGGCAUUCACCUGCAAGUUUAUAACAGUGUUGAAAUAUCCAGAACUAGCAGGAAAGGCCUGUCCGCUGAGAACAAGGGUCCACCUGCCUCCAGACUUUAAAACUGACUAUUUUACUAUGUAAACCACACUGAAAGCGCUUGAAGCUCUUGGGGGUUUGCGUCAGAGUGGCGUGUUAGGCAGGGCUUUCCUAAGUGUGUCUGAGCCAAGGGUUGGGAGAGUCUGUUCUUACCUGUUCCAGUAGAACACCCAGAACAUAAUGAACAGGUGAGUCCCUCCCGUUUGCACAGCUGAGGAUGGUGAAAGGUGCUUUAAGCAGCCAGCUCCUUUGUCUGCCUCUCAGCCCCACUCUGGUGCUGUAACUAAAUGGAAGGUCACUGGGAGUUGCAACGGACUUUGGUGCAGAUCUGAUGUUCAGGGAGGGUGUUGCCCGCUGCUUAAAUGAGUGGCAGGCACAACAGAGCAGAUGAUUGGCUCAGGAGACAGCUGUUUCAUAGUGCCAGUCCUUUGGUGGUAGAUUGCCUUGAUAAAUCUAAUGAAGAACAGGGCUUGCGCCUUGCAACCCAGCUUGUGGGAGCACGUGUAUGUUCCUACUUGCUUUGGAUAGUGAAUAAACGGAAGUCUCCAUAAGACAGGUUUCCCCUAACGUCCUGCACUGAAGGGGCCAAGUGCAGGUGACUGUGGGGGCCUCCACUGAAAAGGCCCUGUAUCUCUCGCAUGUCAACCUGGCUGGCGCCACUGCAUAGCAGCAGCUGAACACACUGGCUGUAUCGUGAGCUGACAGAGAACCCCGAGCUCUUCUUAGGAGAACACCUGUUUUCUUUGCAGGGGGGGUGAGUGGAAGGACGUAGCAGCUGAGCCGUGUAUUUUGUGCCUUGCGGGGAGGAAGGGCUGGCCAUGGUUAGCUUAGCAGUUCGCCAUAAUGUGGUUCCACCAUCGUUAUUCAUAUACAUACAAAACAGGAAGCACUUUCAGAUCAUAUCAACAACCGACUUCCUUAUAUGUACAAAAAUAAAGCUUUGUGACAGCAAUGAGACUGACACUUAAAGCGGAGACCAGCUUCGCGUUUGUGGGUCCAGCCAAUCCGGAGCCCCUAUGAGGCGUGUGGGGUGCUGAAAGCCAGCCCUGGCCGGAGCUCUUUUUCUGUGAGAACGAAGAGAAGGCGUCUGUUUUCUCUGUAUGCAACAGCCAUGUCCCGAGAGAAGCUUUCUGAAAUCCCGUUGCGAGCGUCAGCCAGGCUCCUGCAAGUGGCCUCUCCCCAGCCAGGCUGCCCAUCUCCUUCCAUUCCACCAGGUAAAGUCAUCUCCUCAUCUCAGAAGCUCAGCAAAAAGGCGCUCAAGCAGGCUCUGAAGCAGAAGCAGCGGAAGCAGCAGCAAUGCCGAGGGGCCAGCGUGCAGCAGCCCGUCUCCUCCAACCACCACCACCUCCAGCAACACACCAAGGCCGCCAGCCCCUCCGUCCCUGCCAAGCCUGCUUGGGAAGGAAAGCAAUCUGAUGGACACUCGAGCAGCUCUCAGAACUCCACGUCCAGCUCGUCUCCCUCCGUUAAAACAGAGCCUUCCUUGCCAGUUCUGGGGAAGAAGCCCUUCCAGAGAUCGGAGAGGCUUCAUGCAAGGCAGCUGAAGAGGACGAAAUGUGCCGAAAUUGACGUGGAGACUCCCGACUCCAUCCUGGUGAACACCAACCUGAGGGCCCUGAUCAAUAAGCACACCUUCUCCGUGCUGCCGGCCGACUGUCAGCAGAGACUGCUGCUGCUGCUCCCCGAGGUGGACAGGCAGGUUGGACUGGAUGGCUUGCUGAAGCUCAGCAGCUCUGCCCUCAACAACGAGUUCUUCACCUCCGCUGCCCAAGGAUGGAAGGAGCGGCUAUCGGAAGGAGAAUUCACUCCGGAGAUCCAGCUGAGGCUUCGCCAGGAGCUGGAGAAAGAGAAGAAAGUGGAGUUGUGGAAGGAGCACUUCUUUGAGAGCUACUACGGCCAGAGCUCCGGGCUGAGUCUCGAAGAGUCGGUGCAGCUGACCUCCAGUGCCCCACCUGCUGCUCAGGACCAGCCGCAGGCCGAGAGCCCAGCCACGCAGCUGCCCAAAUCCACGCCUUGCAAAGACGAGGCUGCUCCUGCGGCAACUCCAAAGGCACAGGAUGCCCCGGCGGCGCCACCGCUGCCAGUAGCAGCCAGCAAAGAGACGGCGGAGGAGGAGGAGGAGAAGCAGCAGCCCCAGGCUUCCAUGCCACCGGAGGAGCUUGUGACGGCGUCAUCGUCCUCCUCCUCCUCCUCCAGCAGCACCCCUUCCAAGCCCAUCAGCCAGGCUCCCCGCAGGCCUUCCAGGGGGCUGGAGGAAGAGGCUCUGGCAGGGCAAGAAGAGGAGGCAGGAGAAGCCAAGAGGCCCCACCCGGCCUGCCCAGAGUCCCUUCCUGGGAAGGGAAGCGCAAGCCAACCAAAGAUCCCCACCAGCUCCGCCACGGCUGCCACUUCCGCCGCCACCAGCACCGGCCCGGAAGGAGAGUCUCGGGCCACGCCUGCCAAGGAUGCCCUCCCUGCCAGCGUGGAGCAGAUGGACACUGGAGCGCAGACUCUCAAGAGGAAGCCCGGGCCCCCUGAGGAGGCGGCCUUGUCUACACCGGAGAAGCGGGCCCACGUUGAGGAGAAGUGCCCCCCCAGGCCGCCCUUUCAGAGCCCUCCGCCGCAGCCCUUUCCCAUCGCUCCUGUGCCGAAGGUCCCCCCACUCCGGAUUCCCGUCUCCAGGAUCCAGGGUUCUCCCUCGCCAUUUCCUACCAGCCAGGUCUCUCCCAGGCCCGGCUUUCCAGUCGCCAUCACCAGUCCCAGGAGGACAGGGGCCAGGACUCUGGCGGAUAUCAAAGCCCGCGCCAGGAUGGCCAGGGCCCAGCGGGCAGCAGCAGCCGCGGCCGCGGCCGCCUCCGGCACUGCUCCUUCUGCGUCCUUUGUGGGGGCCAUCCCCGGCCCCGGCCCCGGCGGGGGGAGAGGAGAGGAGCCGAGCAGCGUCGCACCAGGGAGGCCUCAUGGAGCUGCGCUGGACCUGGCAGGCCCUGGAGGCGGGGGAGGUCCACGGAGGGCCCCUGCUCCAGGAGCCGCCUCCGCCUGCCCCCCAGCAGCACCCCCCGCCGCGCCCCAGCCAGCGCCCUCUGGCGGUGCUGCAAGAGCACAGCUACAGCCGGCUCCCCCUGGGCACCCCCCAGGAGCGGGCCCCAGGGGGGCGGAGACCCCGCCAGCCGCCCAGGCCGAGAUAGGCUUCGCCAGCCACUCACACUUGGCCACCUCUGCCGGUCGAGGGGUCCCUGCAGGGAUGGUGGGUGGGCCUGGGAAAGCCUCUCCCGCAGUCUCCAGAGAAAGUGGGGCUGAAGCAGCUCCGGCUGCCAGUGUCACAGUUCCAGGGGGGGAAUCCCUUUCUUCAGCUCAGGCACCCCCUGGGCUCUUCCGGGCGCCCGCUUCCCCCGCCUCUCCGGCCGGCCCACUGCCACCGCCGGCUGCGACAUCCAUUCCCUCCUGCGGCGUUUCCCCUGCUGUCGCCUACAGCCUUAAAGCCCCCCCUGGCCCCUCGAGCGGAAGCACCGUUGCCGCCCCCCUCCUCAAGGCCAGCUCCAGCAUCCCAGCCAACAACCCCCUGGUGGCCCAGCUGCUGCAAGGGAAAUCGGUGCCCAUGGAGCAGAUCCUCCCCAAGCCCCUGACCCGGGCCGGGGAGGUGAAGACCCUCCCUCUCCCCGCAAAGGAAGGCAGAGAGCCCACAGCUCCUCCGCAGGGGGAAGCUGGCGAGAGGCAGCCACCUCCCCCAGCCGCCUCGCAGCUGAGCGGGAAGCCAGACUCCAGCCAGGGCAGCCAGCUGCUGCUGCCGCCCCUCCACGGCCCCACUCCCUGCUCCUCCUUCCCAGGGCGGGACUUGUGGGGCGUCAGUGCCGCCCCCUUCUCCAGCCAGGAAGCCCAGGAACACCACCUCCAGCUCCAGGCCCUGAUCCAGGCAGCACCCAGGCAGGGCCACCUUCCCCCUGGUGCUGCCGCCCCUUCCUCGCCCCCUCCUCAGCUCCCCCCCUUCCCUGCAGACUUCUCUGUGGAGAGCAACAGCUCCCCCAGCCAGAGUUUUGUCCUGGGAUUCGCCGGGAGGAGGACGUCCAAGCCUGCCAUGUCUGGACAUUAUCUCCUGAACAUUUCCACCUAUGGGCGCUGCCCUGAGAACCUCCGGAGGAGCUUGGCCGUGCCCCCGGAGAGCCGCCUGUGCCCCGAGGGGCCCAGAAUGGAGUUCAAGGGAGGAGAGGCGGCUGCCGUAAGUGGCGGUGGCAGCAGCGGCGGGGAAGACGGACGAGAGACGGACGACGCGGAGGACGAAGAGGCGUUUGUUGCGAUGGAGGAGGAGCCCCUGCCUCACAAGGGGGCAGGAGGGGGGGCAGAGCAGGCGAGCACCCCCAGAUGGAGCACCAAGAAGGGGGAGCUGGCCGAAGGCAAUUCGGCAGAAGCAACCACCCGCACGCUCUCUGCAGGCCAAGAGUUUGCCAGGAGUGCCCUGGCGAGGGAUUUCCUGCGGGCAGCCCAGGAGCAAGUGGCUCAGGCGGUGAGGGGGGAGAGGAAGGCCUGCAGCCUGGAGCUGCCUCCCUCGGUCGCUCAGCCGGAGCCCCUCCCGCCCCGGCCCCCGCUGCUGCUCUCCCCCUCGCAGCCCCCCCGCCUCUUCGGGGGUCCCGUCGGGGCACAGCUCCUCGGCUCAGGCUACAGCGGCACCAUCAAUGUCUCUGCGUCUCCUGACCUGCGCCAGGAGGCCCUCUUGACGGGGCUCUCGGACCCCGGGCCCAUGGGGGACGUGGUCUCCUUCUCGGUGACGGUGACGACCAUCCCCGCUGGGCAGCAGGGGGCCACGGGCCGCGGGCCCCCUCUCCCGGGCCAGGCCUUCUCGGAGGACGGCGGCUUGGACCUGCCCUCCAAGUGCUACUGCCGCUUGAAAGCCAUGAUCGUGUGCAAGGGGUGCGGGGCCUUCUGCCACGACGACUGCAUCGGCCCCUCCAAACUCUGCGUCUCCUGCCUGGUGGUGCGGUAGCAGCUGCAGACGGGCUGCUGGGGGGUGGCGUCCUGUUUGGGGAGCAGGAGGGGCACGCUGCCGAACUGUGGGAGCCCUUUCCCCUGCACCCCCACCCUUCCAGCCAUCAGCUCUGUUUCCUCCAGAGCAUUGGAAGCACCUUGGACAGACGGACGGACGGCAGGAGCUCUUGGGACAAGUGUUUGCACUUCAGGAAUCAUGUAAAUACGUUGCGUUGUGUGGUUUUCUUUUUUUUCUUUUUUUCUUAAAAGAGAAAUGUUUCAAAUUGCUUAAGAUCAAUCUGAUUGAGUUGAACUCUCAUGUUCAUCGAGCGUCUUGCCCCACGCCAGAAAAGUGUGGCUCUGGCCAGGCCCCUCCCAUGGCUGAACUGGGCUUUCCAGUGUGGCAGCCAGCCAGCCCCCUGGCAUGCCAUUCUUCUCAUUGGUGGUAGAGGUUGGCACACAGUUCUGGCUGGCUGCCCUCUUUCCUUAUGGCGCUGUGUGCGCACUCAUGAACCCAGCAGUUGUGGGUCUUGUGCACCAGCAGCCAUAAGCAGCAGGAGGAGCGUCAAGCAGACAGGUGCGGGCCCGGCUUCCCUGCAGGGUUUGGUAGCUCUGGAUAUUGUGAUAUUGUGGAAAGAGGACUCGAGUCCCCUUGGGGGCCCACCCAGCUUAGCACUCUCUUCUCACAGUCCCCAACCAGAGACCCAUGAGAUGGGAAGCUGCCUGCCAUGCGUUGUCUCUUCACACACCCCCUCCCUCCACGGGCCCCACACAUGCAGGGUUUUGCAUCUGAAGCAGAGUUCAGGGUUCUUCGGAAGGAAAGCUUCCUCUCUCUUUUCUCAAAGGCAAGAAUACUUGUGUUAGCAUAGGAGACUGGCUUGAGCUGAAUCAAGCCCCACUGGGCCAGCCGCCCACGUGUUUCCCCACCAUAUUAUGCCUCGGCAGCGUUCUCACUCGGGGCCCAGUCAGUUGCCAUGUCCUGGCUUCAGGUGUUUUGCAUGGAAGUGGAGCGCAGAUCUGAGUUGUGGGGCUAGCGGGGGGAUCCAGCUGGCAGCAGAGGUGGGUUGCAACCUGGCCCCACCUCUGCCCUUCCUCAGAAUUGCUCUUGGAGACCACUUCGGAAGCUGCAGGUGGGAGACGGGGAGAAACUGUGUCCCCUGCCAGGAGGGCUGGGGAGCAGAGCCCAGCCUGGGCUUCCUCCUCCUCCUCCUCCUCCUCCUCCUCCUCCUCCUCCUCCUCCUCCUCCUCCUCCUCCUGCUGCAGGGCUUGCAAGCUCACAGGGCCACUGGGGCCACGGCAGGGAGCUCCCUCUCUUAUCCUUCCUUUUCGUUUUCUGCCCCAAUGCAAUAUAUUUGAUAUGACUGAAAAUCGAAUUAAGAGAGUAUAAUUAAUAUAUUUUAAGUAAUAUAUAUUUUAGUACCUCCGUAUUAUGGAAAGAGAAUGGCAAAGGACUUGUGAAGCAGAUACGCAAGGUAUUUGUGUGUGCCCGGUUUUGGACAUCUCUCCCCCCCCCUCAAAAUCCUCCCCCAGAGGAACUGAAAGUGCUUGUGUUGAUUGCAAUAAAGAGGGUGGUCAGAGAGAAAUGCAACACGGCUCAUCAGAAGGCCUUUCGCUUCCCAUAGAGCAGGAGACGCGUUGAGAUACCUGAGGGAGUGCAAAACUUUCAUCUGCUGUUGCCUUUUAAAAAGAGACUUAAAAUUGGAACUGAGAAUAUGUAUAGAGACGUCAGGUUGACACCAUUUAAAAAAGUCAUAUUUUUUCACAAAUAAUAUAGAAAGAAAAGAAUAUUUUACUUAAGAGUUUUAAGUAUUUGAAAUAAAUAUAGGUAUGUAAAUAUGCUGUAUGUACUUCAUAUAUUCUUUUAUUUUACAUUUUAUUGUAAACAAAUGGAUAUUAAAAUCUUGGAACUGG